AGGCCCCGCCCCCAGCCCGCCCCCGGCCCGGGGUGCGAAUCCGUUGCCGGCGAGCGGCUGGCGAUGCAGGAGGUUCGCUAGCCGAAGCGGCUGCAUCUGGCGCCGCGUCUGCCCCGCGUGCCCGGAGCGAAUUCUGCCCGCCGUCCCCGGAGCCCUCGGCGCCCCGCUGAGCCCGCGAUCACUUCCUCCGUGUGACCAACAGGCGCUGCAGCUUAGAGCCUGGCAAUGCCGUUUGGGUGUGUGACUCUGGGCGACAAGAAGAACUAUAACCAGCCAUCGGAGGUGACUGACAGAUAUGAUUUGGGACAGGUCAUCAAGACCGAGGAGUUCUGUGAAAUCUUCCGGGCCAAGGACAAGACGACAGGCAAGCUACACACCUGUAAGAAGUUCCAAAAGCGGGAUGGCCGCAAGGUGCGGAAGGCAGCCAAGAAUGAGAUAGGCAUACUCAAAAUGGUAAAGCAUCCCAAUAUCCUGCAACUGGUGGAUGUGUUUGUGACUCGCAAGGAGUACUUCAUCUUCCUGGAGCUGGCCACGGGGAGGGAGGUGUUUGACUGGAUCCUGGACCAGGGCUACUACUCGGAGCGAGACACGAGCAACGUGGUACGGCAGGUCCUGGAGGCCGUGGCCUACUUGCACUCACUCAAGAUCGUGCAUAGGAACCUCAAGCUGGAGAACCUGGUUUACUACAACCGGCUGAAGAACUCAAAGAUCGUCAUCAGCGACUUUCACCUGGCUAAGCUAGAGAAUGGCCUCAUCAAGGAGCCCUGUGGGACCCCCGAGUAUCUGGCCCCAGAGGUGGUAGGCCGGCAGCGGUAUGGACGCCCUGUGGACUGCUGGGCCAUUGGAGUCAUCAUGUAUAUCCUGCUUUCAGGAAACCCGCCCUUCUAUGAGGAGGUGGAAGAAGAUGAUUAUGAAAACCACGAUAAGAAUCUCUUCCGCAAGAUCUUGGCUGGUGACUAUGAGUUUGACUCUCCAUACUGGGAUGAUAUUUCGCAGGCAGCCAAAGACCUGGUCACAAGGCUGAUGGAGGUGGAGCAAGACCAGCGGAUCACUGCAGAAGAGGCCAUCUCCCAUGAAUGGAUUUCUGGCAAUGCUGCUUCUGAUAAGAACAUCAAGGAUGGUGUCUGUGCCCAGAUUGAAAAGAAUUUUGCCAGGGCCAAGUGGAAGAAGGCUGUCCGAGUGACCACCCUCAUGAAACGGCUCCGAGCGCCAGAGCAAUCUAGCACAGCUGCAGCCCAGUCUGCCUCAGCCACAGACACUGCCACCCCCGGGGCUGCAGGUGGGGCCACUGCAGCUGUGAGUGGAGCUGCUUCAGCCUCUGAGAGCAGUACUAUCCCAGCCAUGGAGGGUGAUGCUGCUUGUGCUGCAAAGAGUGAUAAUGUGGCCUCUGCAGAACGUAGUACCACCCCAGCCACAGAUGGCAGUGUCACCCCAGCCACCGAUGGCAGUGUCACCCCAGCUACCGAUGGGAGCAUCACCCCAGCCACUGAUGGGAGCGUCACCCCAGCCACUGACAGGAGUGCUACUCCAGCCACUGAUGGGAGAGCCACACCAGCCACAGAAGAGAGCACUGUGCCCACCGCCCAAAGCAGUGCCAUACCAGCCACUAAGGCAGCUGCCACCCCUGAGCUGGCUAUGGCCCAGCCGGACAGCACCGCCCCAGAGGGUACCACAGGCCAGGCUCCACCCUCUAGUAAAGGGGGAGAGGCUGCUGGUUAUGCCCAGGAGUCUCAGAAGGAGAAGACCAGCUGAGUUGGCAGCCUGGUGGGGGGCGGGGCACGGGAAGGAGGGUGGGAGAAUGGAUGAGGGGCUUCUCACUGUACAUAGAGUCACUGGCAUGAUACCCUCACUCCCCCAUGCCCCCACAUCCCAGUGAGGCGCACCUGGGGGCCACGGGAGAGCAGUCUCGUCUCCUGUGUAUACGUGUGUGAGUGGUGGGCAGGCCAGAAGCAGGGCCAGCCCCAGCCCCUGCAUGGAUUCCUUGUGGCUUUUCUGUCUUUUGCUAGCUUCACCAGUUUCUGUUCUUGUGGGAUGCUGCUCUAGGGAUACUCAGGGGGCCUCUACUCUCCUUCCCCUUCCUCGUGUCUCAUUAUUCCCCCAGGCAGGCCCUGCAGGUCCCAUAACCUCCCAGGCCCUAAACUUGGGCGGCCUUGCCCUGAGAGCUGGUCCUCCAGCGAGGCCCUGUCAGUGGUCUUAGGCUCCUGCACGUGAAGGUGUGUGCCUGUGGUGUGUGGGCUGCUCUAGGAGUGUACAUAGGCUCAUAUAGAGGAUCCAGAAAUCUCGGGUAAUAUGUUUAAGUUAAGACUGGUCACAUGGGGGCACUGCUUGCUAGCGGUGGGGGUCCUCAGAAGUGGAAGAGAAUGAGUAGGAGGGUAGAAGUUUCCAUCUUUGUCCCUGGGAAGUCCCUCCUACAACCCUGCCCUCCUGAGUCCUGCAGUGGGUUGCCCUAUACCCUGAAUCUCACGAGCCUCUAAGGGAAAGGAGGAACAAUUAAGAUGUGGCAAUGAGACCUGCGGGAGCAGAUUACAGGCCCAGCACCCAGUGCCGCACCCCAGCUGGGUCCUUACCCUGGACCAAACAGGAAGGGCUGAUAGUCCCUUGCUCUUCCUAGAUGUCCACCCCCCACAGACUCAGCACACAAGUACUUUCUAUUACAGAGGCCUGCCGCAUGGCAAUACUGCCAUAGUCUGAUUUGGGGGUUUGGUCUUUACAGCGGCAGAUUUUCUGCUCUCAGUUCAACAAUGAAAUGGAGAGGAAUCCCCUCUAUUUCUAUAGCUUACUUCUACCAGAGGCCCAGGUGCCUCUGAGCUAUGUUGAGUUGCUUUUGCUGGGAUAAGGAAGUAGAAUAAGACUCCCCAGUUCCCUGAGGGAGGCUCCUGACAGGUGCCCUUUGUCAGACCCUACCAUAGCCUGGACAGGCAGCCACACUGGUCCUCGCCCUUGCUCGGCACUCCAUGGUGGUCCUGCCCUUCUCCCUGCAUGCCUGUGGGUCUGCUCUGGUGUGUGAAGGUUGGUGGGCUAACUGUGUGCCUGCUGAACCUGGUAAAUAAACAUCACCCUGCAAAGCCUCUGGCCA